CGGCGCGAGCGCUCCGUGGGCUUCCCUUCUUCCGCGCUGGGACCGAAGGGGAAAGGCGAGUUCCUCUCCGCCUUUUCGCGCGCCUGCGCACUGGCCCUUACAUCCGGGGCCUGGCCACAGGAUGAAUGCUCCUUUCCAAGAUGGCGGCGGAGGGAGGAGGGAAGGAGAUGAACGAGAUUAAGACCCAGUUUACCACCCGCGAGGGGCUCUACAAGCUGCUCAGCCACUCCGAGUACAGCCGGCCCAACCGGGUGCCCUUCAACUCGCAGGGCUCCAACCCCGUCCGCGUCUCCUUCGUCAACGUCAACGACCAGAGCGGGAACGGCGACCGGCUGUGCUUCAAUGUGGGCCGGGAGCUCUACUUCUACAUCUACAAGGGGGUCCGCAAGGCUGCUGAUUUGAGUAAACCAAUAGAUAAAAGGAUAUACAAAGGAACACAACCGACAUGUCAUGACUUCAAUCAUUUAACAGCCACAGCGGAAAGUGUUUCUCUACUAGUGGGCUUCUCUGCAGGGCAGGUGCAACUUAUAGAUCCUAUUAAAAAAGAAACUAGCAAAUUAUUUAAUGAGGAAAGACUAAUAGACAAGUCCAGAGUAACUUGUGUAAAAUGGGUGCCUGGUUCAGAAAGUCUCUUCCUAGUAGCUCAUUCCAGUGGCAAUAUGUACUUGUAUAAUGUGGAACACAAUUGUGGCACCACAGCCCCACACUAUCAGCUACUUAAACAAGGAGAAAGCUUUGCAGUCCACACAUGCAAGAGCAAAUCAACGCGAAAUCCUUUGCUUAAAUGGACAGUAGGUGAAGGUGCCCUGAACGAAUUUGCUUUUUCCCCAGACGGGAAGUUCUUGGCAUGUGUAAGCCAGGAUGGCUUUCUGCGAGUGUUUAACUUUGAUUCAGUAGAGUUGCAUGGUACAAUGAAAAGCUACUUUGGAGGACUGCUAUGUGCAUGUUGGAGUCCAGAUGGAAAAUACAUUGUAACAGGGGGAGAGGACGACUUGGUGACUAUCUGGUCUUUUGUGGAUUGUCGAGUUAUAGCUAGGGGCCAUGGACACAAAUCAUGGGUGAGCGUUGUGGCCUUUGAUCCGUAUACCACUAGUGUAGAAGAAAGCGACCCAAUGGAAUUUAGUGGCAGCGAUGAGGAUUUCCAAGACCUUCUUCAUUUUGGAAGAGACCGAGCAAACAGCACACAGUCUAGGCUGUCAAAAAGGAACUCUACAGAUAGUCGCCCAGUAAGCGUAACAUAUAGGUUUGGUUCAGUUGGCCAGGACACGCAGCUGUGUUUAUGGGACCUAACAGAAGACAUUCUCUUCCCUCACCAACCCCUCUCGAGGGCAAGGACACACACAAACGUCAUGAAUGCCACAAGUCCGCCUGCAGGAAGUGGCGGGGCUAACCCAGGAAGUAAUGGAAAUAGCAUCUCGACGCCUGGGAACUCUGUGCCCCCUCCUCUUCCACGAUCAAAUAGCCUUCCGCACUCUGCAGUUUCCAAUUCUGGCAGUAAAAGCAGUGUCAUGGAUGGUGCCAUUGCCUCCGGCGUUAGUAAGUUUGCAACCUUAUCGCUACACGACCGGAAGGAAAGACACCAUGAAAAAGACCACAAGAGAAACCAUAGUAUGGGACAUAUAUCUAGCAAGAGCAGUGACAAACUGAACCUAGUUACUAAAACCAAAACAGACCCAGCAAAAACUUUGGGAACGCCUCUGUGUCCCAGAAUGGAAGAUGUUCCUUUGUUAGAGCCUCUUAUCUGUAAAAAGAUAGCACACGAAAGACUGACUGUGUUAAUUUUUCUUGAAGACUGUAUAGUCACUGCUUGUCAGGAGGGAUUUAUUUGCACAUGGGCAAGGCCUGGUAAAGUGGGUUUAUUGCCAUCUCAAAACCAGGCCAAUUCUCCAAGUGGAACUGUAGUAUAGCCAUCACACUCCUGCUAGCAAAUCUUUGAACACAGAACAAGAAGUAAUGGCAUUGGAAUCUGGAGCUGCCGUUGAGCCAGAGAACACCACAAAUUCUUAAAGGCAGAGUGUAAACUUGGGAGUUAUGUGAAUCACAUAGUGUUUUACUACAAAAUAAUAAUAAUAAUGUAAUGAACUCUUUUUAAAAGCUAAUAUUUUUAGGCUGCUCAUCCAAAGAAGAAUUUUGCUUUAAAAAUGCUUCUUUUGGUGCUGCAAUUAAAAAUAGUAAAACUUUUUUUCCAGUUUCUUUAUACUUCUCACUGUAAUUGAAUCAUAUACGUAACAUACACAUAUGCGUGUAAAAUAAAAAUGUUUCUUAAAUUGAAGUAUAAUGGUGUUAUAAAUUAGAAAUUCACUGUUGAGUUUUUUGCACUGAUUUUUUUAAAAACCAGAGAUGGUUAGCCUGGAAUGCUAUCAUGGGAAAUGAAAGUCAUUCCUUUCUGACUUCGCAAAUGUAAUUCAGGAAGAUGGAUGCUGCAAUCGUAGGUGUUUGUUUUUUUCUAAAAAGAUUGUUUGCACUUAAAUAGCUUAAUGCUAAUAGAGAAUUACUUUUAAAUGGGUGUUUGGACACCUUCUAAAGCUAUGUUAUUGAAAGAAGAGAUCCUUUGUAUCUAUUAAACAUUUUAUUUUAAUAAUGUUUUCAGCUACAAUCAGUCUGUACUAUAUAUGUAUAUAAUGUAAUUCAGUGAUUGGGGGAAGAAUCAGUCAUGACACUAGUAAUUUUAUCAUUUAAGAAAGUGAUAUUUCUAAUUCAGAAAAAACAUUAAACUAUCUUGAAUAUACGGUUUUGUUUAUGUUCUGUUUAAAUUAAAUCCACUUUGAUGUAACUUUUUGAAUGUAAUAUUUUUGGUAUGGACAUGGUUUAAUCCCUGUGAAAGAUUUACUCCAUUUGAAAAAUACUCAGGUCAGAUUCACUACCUAUUGAGACUGGAUUUACCCCUGCACUUUAUUCUAAAGGAAAGUUUCUUUUUCUUCCACCUCUAUGCUUUGGAACACUACACUAAUUUCUAAGAUAUGUCUAAGUUUUUAAAAAUAAACAGUGGUUAUUUAACAGUG